AUGACUACCUUAAACCACACUGGUGUUAGCCACACAGUCUUCCACUUGCUGGGCAUCCCCGGCCUUGAGGACCAGCAUUUGUGGAUUUCCAUCCCCUUCUUCAUUUCCUAUGCCAUCACCCUGCUUGGGAACAGUCUGCUCAUCAGCAUUAUCUUCACGAAGCGCAGCCUCCACGAGCCCAUGUACCUCUUCCUCUGCACGCUGGCCGGAGCAGACAUUGUCCUCUCCACGUGCACAGUACCUCAGGCCUUGGCCAUCUUCUGGUUCCGUGCUGGGGAGAUCUCCCUGGAUCGCUGCAUCACUCAGCUUUUCUUUAUCCAUUCCACCUUCAUCUCUGAGUCAGGGAUCUUACUGGUGAUGGCGUUCGACCGCUACAGCAUAUGCUACCUACUGAGAUACACAACUAUUCUUACACAUGCACUGAUAGGGAAAAUUGGUGUGACUAUAUUCCUGAGAAGUUAUGCUACAAUUUUCCCCAUAAUAUUUCUUCUGAAAAGACUGACUUUUUGCAGAAAUAACAUUCUUCUGCACACGGCUUGUAAGCACAUUGUCUUGGCCCGUGUUUCCUGUGAUGACAUACAAGUAAACAUCUGGUAUGGGUUUUUUGUCCUAAUGUCCACAGUGACCUUAGAUGUUGUGCUAAUUUUCAUUUCAUAUAUGCUUAUUCUCCGUGCUGUUCUCCGCAUCCCUUCUCAAGAUGCUCGCCACAAAGCUUUCAACACAUGUGGCUCCCAUGUCUGCGUCAUCAUUCUCUUUUAUGGGCCUGCCAUCUUCACAACACUUACUCAGAGGUUUGGACACCAUAUGCCACUCCAUAUUCACUCUCUGCUGGGCAAUGUCUGCAUUCUGGCUCCUCCUAUGCUGAAUCCCAUCAUUUAUGGGAUCAAAACCAAACAGAUCCGGGACCAGGUGACUCAAGUCUUGUUUUCAAAAAAGGUAUGA